AUAGAUUAAAUAGAAGACUCAUAAAAAUUUGAUAGUUUAGGGGAUUAUUUUGAAUAUGUAAAAGGUAAUUAUCAUUUGUCAGAAUCCUUUCCAGUAUAGUUUGAAUUCUCCAUAUCUUAGCACAUCAUUCAGGUAUAAGUGGAUUUCCUAAAUUUUCAGUUCUAGAAAAUUCGUCUAAAAAGGAGAUGAACGCCCAAUUGAAUUCCACACCGAGUUUCAUCCAAGAAAACGGCACCGAAAGUGAUUCCGACACGAACACUGACGAUUCGCCGGAAUAUUACCAGCCAAUCUCUUCCAUCGCUGAUGACGACGAUGCACAGAUCUCCGAUCAGCGUCCAAAUCCUGUUCAAAACUCCGAUGAUGAAGAGCCCGACGAAUCUAAUCAUUUUCAUCGACUCCCCAACGGUUAUGCGCAUUGUGUGGAGAACGGAAUAUCAUCACUGGAUCUGAGCGACGGGGAAGAAGAUGAAUGUAAAAGUGAGGUUGAAGAAGAGGAGGAGGGAAUAAGAGCGGCGUCUGAUAAUGCUGCGCAGAGAGCGCUCAGAGAGGACGAGAGCCGCCGCAAUGCUCCGUUGACGGAGGAGAAUGCAACGAGAGUGAUGGAAGCCAUGCGUAGGGUUUCUUUUGGUGGAGUGGCUCCUAAUUGGACCAGUGAAGUACCUGAGGAUCAGUGGAUCGAACAUCUACGAAGAUUGAGAGAACCACCAGCUAAUGCCUCCACGAACUGAAACUUUGAAUCUGCCAUUAAUUGUUAAUUGCCUCAACUUUACGGAUUUAAUCUUUUUGCUGUAGCGGCUGAUCUGCGUGUGCUAGUUAUUGUCGUUAAUUUGAUUCGACUUUUCAGUGA